AUGUUCAGCAAAAUCCUCAACUUCCCCUCCUCCAAGCUGGCUGUCUGCCUAGCCGUCUUGCCCCUGGCUCUUCCCGUCACUUACCUGAUCUACCUCGACCGCACCGUUUCCAAAGAGCUCAAGACCGCAACGGGCGUCCGCAACAAGAACAGAGGCGUCUCUACCGUCCCAGCCGCCCUUUCCAAACCGGUCACGCUGCCGAAAGAAGCCGGGGCCGACGAGUCGGAAUGGGUCCUCGCAUACGAACGGAUCGUCUCCCAGCCCUUGCCGCGGUCCAGCCUGGUGGAUGAUGACCUGUCGGCCGUGGUGACCGACUACGUCCGAGCGACCAUGACCGCUUUCAGCUGGACGCCGCAGGCCUUCUUCCUCCGCGCGGCUGCUGGCGACGAGGCGGCGAGGAAGACGUUCGACACGCCGUUCAUCCGGAACCUUGGGUUUUGCGAGGGCGACCGCGUGAACGGGUUCUGGAAGGUUGUCUAUCGAGGCAACGGGGGACGGCGGGGCGACGAACGAGUGGAGAUGGCGUUGGAUGCGCCGCCCACUUACAAAGGCGCGCGAGUUAACGGGGUGAUCGCCGCCGGCGUUGAGCUGCAGAGUGAUGGUGAUGUUGUGUUUGUCAACGAGACCUGGAUGUGGAGGAAGGACGACGAGGCGCCGUCGUUGCUGGAGAGCAGGUAG